AUGACCAGCACGGCAACAACGACACACACGAGCAGCCACAGCGGCACCUUCACCGCGACCGGGAUGGCGCCAAACGCGGCCCAAGCGCCAGCAGCAGCCGCCGCAGCACCACCCUCCCCCCAAACCACACCCCCUCGCGCAGGCCUGAACUUCCGGUCGCCAUCGCACUCGAAAGUGAAAUACGCACCCUCAGCAUUCGUCCCGCCGCCGGUAUCCUUCCUGCAAGGACGGUGGCACGUCACACACUCGACGCUACCGAUGUGGAAGUCGAACCGCAACGUGACGAUAACGUACAAAUCUCUCGAAAACAACGCCGAGGUGCUGGACGACCUGGUCGAAUACCAGCCGCUGAACUCGACGAAGCGCAAACGCGUCGAGGGCGUCGACACGCCCGACGCCAGCACCGUCGGCGCCUAUAGCUGGCGGGGCCGCGGGUUCUUGAAGAUCGCGAGCAGCCACUGGCAGGUGCUUGGGUAUGGCGAGGAAGAGGGCGGCUGGGCCGUCACGUAUUUCGCAAAGACGCUGUUUACGCCGGCCGGCGUGGAUGUCUAUGCCAGGCGGAAAGGCGGGUUGAGUGAGGAGUUGCUCGCCAGGAUUACUGAGGAGAUGAGGGCUGUCGAUCAUAAGGAGGUCAAGAGACUGGCUGGGCUGGUUUUUGAGAUUAGGCAUGAUUGGUGA